CUCAUAGCCCUACUCAUCAGCCACUCUUCUCUCUCACACACACUUCUCUCUCUUCCUGCGUGCUUCUACUUCUAUUCUCUUCUCUUCUUCACUUCAACCACGCCACCAUCCCUUUCUCCCUUCGCUUCGUUCGUAGCAGCAUAUUCCCCCAAUCUACAAACCCCAACCCACUCUCGCUUCCAUCAAACUCACCGCAACGAUGGAUAGGUAUCAGAGGGUGGAGAAGCCCAAGGCAGAUAGUCCUAUCAACGAGAACGAGAUACGCAUUACCAGUCAAGGAAGGAUGAGGAAUUACAUCACCUACGCCACCACUCUCCUUCAGGAGAAGGGAUCUGAUGAAAUUGUUCUCAAAGCAAUGGGACGUGCAAUAAAUAAGACUGUAAUGAUUACUGAGCUGAUCAAGAGAAGGAUUGUUGGUCUGCACCAGAACACUCUGAUUGGAUCAACUGAUAUAACUGACACAUGGGAACCACUAGAAGAAGGCCUUCUUCCUUUGGAGACUACUCGCCAUGUUUCUAUGAUCACAAUUAACUUGUCAAAGAAAGAACUGGAUACAUCCUCCACAGGAUACCAACCUCCUCUUCCUGCUGAUCAAGUAAAACCUUUAAAUGAAUAUGAAGAGGAUGGAGAAGGCUCCCCAAGGAUGCGAGGAAGAGGGCGUGGUCGUGGAAGGGGUCGGGGUAGAGGAUUUUACAAUAAUGGGGGUAUGGAAUAUGGUGGUGGUGAUGGUUGGGACGGUGGACGUGGCUAUGGUGGCAGAGGCCGUGGCUUUGGUCGUGGCAGAGGUCGUGGUUUCCGGGGACGAGGACGGGGAGGCUAUGGUGCCCAGCCAGUUGGGUACUAUGACUAUGGUGAAUAUGAUGCACCACCUGCCCCACGUGGACGAGGACGUGGAAGGGGAGGAAGAGGCCGUGGUCGUGGUCGUAAUGCAAGCUGGGGAGUUGCUGCUUGAUCGCAUGGGUGUUGGUUAUGAUGUAUAUUUUCAGUUAGAAGAUGGUUUUGCCUCUUUGCUUAGUUCUUUGUGGAAUCUGCUUAUACUAUUUUGGUAUUAUUUGAAGCGUUCGGGUGUUGCAGUCAUGUUCCUGCAGUUUUGUUUUUCUAGUUCUUUCCUUUGUAACAACCUCUAUAAUUUCAAGUUCCGAGGUUGAGUUAGAUAUUCAUAUAUUUCCUUUGUUUAGGGAGUUUCAAGAAAAUUAAAUUUGUAUAAUUUUUUUAAAUAGAAGUUACUGGAGUUGAAUUUA